GGUGUUUGAAGAGCGACGUUGCUGGCAUAUUUGUUAUUGAGAAUGUUCGUAUAGUUUCCUUUUGAGACGCUGAAGUUAUUGAUGUAUUUGAUGGUCAAUUAAUUCUUUAUUUCUAUGUUACUACUAUAGUACCAAGAUGACAUUAGCUGCGUUAUGUUUGCUCGAAAUAUUAUUUAUAGUUUUACGCAACGCUUAAUAUACUUAUAUAUUAUUCCUUUGUUAGUGUCAUAUUUAUUUUCAACAUUCUUAAUGUUCUUUCGGGUAAUUCCGCUCACCACGUGUCUUUAUUUAUUCAUAGUUCACUUCUCACAGUGACUUCCUAGAUGGUAUUAGUGAGAAAGUCAUCACUUCAAAUAUACUUUGGAUCUCUUAUAGGACGGCAGUAUAUGACUGUUGAUAGCGAGAGUUUUGAGUAAAUUAUAUGCAAUAGAACAUAGAGCCAACCGUAGCUUUGUUUGGAAGCUCUCUCGGUCUAUGCAGAAUUAUCCUUGUACUUCUUAAUUUACUUCGAAGUAACUGGCUGUAAAGUAUGAGCGUGGUUAGUAAAACGAAUAUAAGUCGACAAAGGGCAUAUACGCUAUCGGUUAGAUAAAAGCUUAUAAUUAUUCGAUACAGUAUUUACAACAUUCAGUCGCAACGUAUAGUUUGGUACAAAUACACAUCAGCCCAUAUUUACAGGUACGACGAACUCUCAAAAGUCGAUACAGUACAUUACCGACCAGUUUUUGUUCACAUAUUGUUUAGUUUAAAAGAGAUUAAUAGGUGUUUGUGUUUCAGGGUUAUCACUGAUGCCUGAGCUGACGAUUCCCACCUCUUUACAUUACUCGUAAUCAUAACAUAACUUCUCACUUUGUAUAAGUUUCUGUCUUUUUUAAUCAUAGUUUGUUAGGCUGAGGUUAAAGUGUUCAGACAACAUAGUGGCUAGAAUAACCUAAUUGUAGGUUGUAAUACACAUAAAUAAGGUAGACUGGGAAGCUGUGAGUAUAAAAUACAAAACUAGUCGGCUAGCAAUUCCACCAUAUUCUUUUACAUUGAGUUUAUGUGUUUCUACAUUUUACAGAUUAUUUUAAGGCUUCUAAAUCUUGUACAAAAACGUAUAAACGUAGUUUAAAUUGUGGCAAGAACAUUGUUGCGUGCUGUCAUAGGUCAGCAGUUAAAUUUCACCAUGUUAAAUCGUUAGUUUGCGGUCUUGAAUUUUACUCUACCUUAAUAACUGCGUAGUACUACCAACUCAUAAUGUUUAAAUCAAAAUACCAGACUGGCCUUGGUUUCUGAGUUUCAGUAGAUAAAAUUAAUGGCUACAUUUCAAUGAAUUUUUCAUCAAUAACUAUAUCCAUAUAAUUAUUUUUUAAAUCACAAUCCAAAUGAGUCAGCUUUUGUACUCUUGAUUGCGUUUUCCUGUCACAUAGUGUACCCUAACAACCUAGUUAAGAUUUCUUCGAUUCUCCAUGCAUAAAACGUCAUAGUUAACAACUUUACAAGAUGUUUCUUUCUAGUUGCUUUAUUUUUUUACGCGAUACUUGUAACGCACUCAGGUAAUUACAAUAAAUAAAAUACUCCAAAAAUACUUGGCCAUCUUUAUCAUACACAUGUCCAGAUUUUUGUGAUAAUUUCUUUAUUCUUUUAAUUGCAUGCAUUUUGCAGCUUUGUUGCCAUUUUAUUUCUUUUUGCUCUAUGUUUUGAUUGAAUUGUAAAGCCAUCAAAUAUUUCUGUAAUCAAAUGUAAAUUGGCAUACUGUUAUGGCUUCUUAUGCGACAGAAAUGCACGCUUCUUCUGGUUGUGAAGUCUCACACAACAAACAGUCUCAAAAUUCAUCUGAUUCUUAUGGGAACAAAAAAACCUCAUCUACACAUUCCACCAAUAAUUAUAAAAGUUCAUUCGAAAGAACUAAUCAUCCACCAAUAUCUCAGUCAGUUCCAUCUUGUUCAGACAUGAAUCCUGUAACAAGCCAGCUUCAACAGCAACAUUCACAGUACCGUUAUUCAGAUCCGUAUAGUUUCCUACGUCAGCCAGAGUCUAAUCCACGGACGCUUCCUAAUUCUGAUACUAUGAAUUGUAUCCCCUCAAUUUAUACAAGCCCAGAAUAUAAUUUAAACAGUCCAGACUUAUGCACACAGACCAGUCAUUUACAGUCUUAUUUACAUCGUAUAUCUUGUUGCUUGCCUCAAUGUCCACAAUGUCUUUCUUACAGUCUUUUCGCUCAAUCUUAUAAUUUUCCAAACAAUGGAACGGCUCUACAACCACCUUUAGUAUUGUCUCCAACUAUGUUGAAUAAUUACUCAACUUCAGCACUGUGUUGUCCAUCAGCUUCUCAAAUACCAUAUUAUUUUUGGUACAACCAGGAUCCUGAAUUUCAGAAACAAUAUUAUCAAACUCAAUUAGCUAUGUCUAAGUUGAAUCUGGACCAUUCGUCUCCAAAUACAUGUAUGAUGGUACAAUCGGGACCAGAUCCUAUGCAUGGGUCUUUGCCAAAUCAAGCACAUCAAGCUGAGGCAAAUUAUUCUACAAACCCAAAUACUUUUGCUUCAGUAUCCUUAUCGGAAAAUCCUAAUACAAUUGUUCAUCCGCCUAGUUUAAUUAUGCCUAUGCCUCGGUCUGUCGCUAUUGCUACUUCUCCUACUACUACUACCAUGAAUAAUAGUAAUGUAUCGUCUAAAACAAAUGAUCCAUCUCUAAUCAACCAGUUCGAUUAUUCCAAUGCUUCAUCUUAUGCAAGUAGUAACAGUACACCAUUAAAUAAUCAAUUGAAUGGGUAUACAACACUUCCUAUGGAUGGUGUCUACGAUCCAACUAACAGUGCAUGGUAUCCUGGAUAUUGGAAUUCGAAUAAUCUAUGGGUAUCAACGGCAACUGGUCAAGGUGGUUAUUUAACAACACCAUUCAAUAAUAACAGAUUAUCUUUACCAAUUUCUUCAUUUUCACCCAACCCACAGUCGUUCAACACAGAUGAAUAUGCAGUUCUACAUCAACAAUAUGUAAAUACGAUAAAUAAUGAUUUCACUGGUGUUAUCAAUACUGGUAAUAAUCAUCAUCGCCAUCAUCAUUCAACAGAUUUAAUAACAAAUUAUAAUCAGUCAAGAGAUAGGACGGUUGUUGUUAGUCAACAGUCACAACAAACACUUUUAGCUAAUAGUAAUAAUAACAACACUACUUCAUCUAUGCCAUCGCUAUCAUCAUCUCCGUCGAUAAUGCUCAAUGCAGCAUCUUUAUCAUCAACACCAGUCAGUAAAUUAUUAUCAUCAUCAUCGUCAUCAUCAUCAAACCAAAAGGAAUAUCACACAUUAUCGUAUUACACUAAUCCGAAAUCAAAUGAUUCGUUAACAAAUUUACAAAAUAUUCAAUAUUGUUCUUAUCCUCUACCGUUUUAUAACACGAAUAACGUUGUCAAUAUGAUAAAUAGUAGUUAUAAUAACAAUCAUACUACUGCAUCUGUUAUCACUCAUAAUAAUACUAAUAGUAAUAUUAACAGUAGUAAUAAUAAUAGCAGCAAUAACAGUAAUAAUAUGCGUUUAAUUUUAACAAUAUUAGCCAAUUCACGAGCAAAUACUACCGCUAUCGCUACUCCAAACAUUGUCCAUAGUCCUUAUCGUUAUAGUCCAGAUCGAAAUAGUUUAUUAUGUAAUCGUCAAAAGCUAUUAUCUGUCAAUCCCAUUUCGUGUAAUACAAACACUACUCGAUCUAUGUGUAAAGCGUUUUCACAAUCCGAGUUGGCACGUUUAAACUUGAAUGUUAAUCCAGUGAAUUUCGAUGCAUCACUAGUGCAUAGAGCUCGUUAUUUCAUUAUUAAAUCAGACUAUGUGUACAAUGUACACCAAUCUAUAAAAUAUGGUGUUUGGUGCUCAACUCGUACUGGUAAUCAAUGUUUGGAUGAAGCGUAUCAAUCAGUACAUGGUUCUACCGUGACUAUAACAACAACAACAACCGCCACCACCACCUCUGCUAAAAACGUCAAUAGUCGUAAUGAUGAUAAUAAUAAUAAAGAUAAUACUAGCAUAAUCAGUGAUGAAUCGAAAUUAGUUCAUAACAGUAAACUACAAUCAGAUAGUAAUGAAAAAGUAACGGGAAUUACUUCUACUACUACUAAUAAUAAUAAUGAUAAAUCCUGCCCAACUAACAAUCCUGUUCAAUGCCCAAAUGAUUGUCUUUUGUUAUUUUGUUCGGUGUUUAUUUUUUUUUACCAGUCGCCUGCUGUUGUUACAACCGCACCCAUCUUGUCUGUUUGUUCUACCACGUGUACUAUCACCACUAAUACAAAUACACCCAAUAACAAUAUAAACUUUGAUAAAGCUAACGUUUCAAGAACGAAAGUCAAUACAAACGAUCCAAUUAUACCAAUAACAACUAUUUCUUCAACCAUACCGACGGCAAAUAAUGGUCAGAACUCGAUCAAAUCAAAAAGAACUUCAACAUCUACAUUUAAUACUAACAUAAACUCUUCUCCUGGACAUAUUAUUCUAUUUUUUUCAGUUAGAGAAUCUGGAUAUCUAACUGGAGUUGCUGAAAUGAUCAGUCCGGUUAAUCCACAAAAGCGUUCUACAAUAUGGCAAGAUUUACGAUUUAGAGGAGAAUUCGCUGUGAGAUGGUUGUAUAUUAAACAUAUUCCGAACCAUGUCAUUAAGCAUAUCUUAGUUGAAUGCUAUGACAAUCGUCCGGUUACAGUGUUACGUGAUACUAGUGAAAUUUUACCACCGUCUAAGGGGGAAGAAUUACUACGUAUUGUACAUGAAUAUGGAUUAUCUACGUCAUCAUCACUACCGAAUAUGUCAUCCUCAUUGUCAACAUCAUCAUCAUCUCAUUCGAUUGGAGGUGCUAAAUCAUCGACCAGCAAAAUUGGUAACAAUCAUAAUUUUUCAACCAAUACAAAUUUGACUAAUUCAAAUGGAUUAAAUAAUCAUAAGACUACUAAUACGAGUAGUACUUUGAUUGUUCCAUCAUCUACCAUCUUUAAUAGUAACAAUAACACUAUUAAUAAUAGUAAUAGUAAGAAUAUCGUCCCUUCAGUGAGUAUAUGUUCAACGAUUCCUGAGAAUUCACAAGUUACUACUAAUAUGUCGAAUAAACAUAAGAAUAAUUCUUCGUCUACAAUUGUAUAAAUUAUCAUAUGAUCCUCUCAAUUUCUUCUAUUUCGUUAACUUCAGUGAUAUAUAUAAUAUAAAUAUGUACAGUUUUCUUUUUCUAAAUGAAGUCGUCGAUUAGAUAUCUGUCAUCUUCAAGUUUAUUCCCAGAAUAAAAUAAUCCUAUUCAUUUCUUGAGUAUCAACUUUUAUAUACUACUGAAAAAAAGCAGUUUCGUAUCUUUGAUAUUGGUACAAGGAGGCACCAAGUACAUAUUGCGCCACACAAAUCUCAUUCGAUAUGUGUGAGGGCUGUGAUAUUGCUCGGGUGCCCAGACCGAAGCAGGUGGUUUUCUUAGGGGGCCACUCCCCGAGCCUUCGACCUGAAGGUCUGAUACACAAGGCGGUGGAGCAUCGUAAGGAGAUGCAGUUCCAUGGUAGCCGGUGACCAACGAUUGGUUCAUACGCCAUUUAUUCCCUCAGGACACUGGAGCCCAUGUGCACCAUUGGUUUGGGAUCUGGUUAAAGCGCCGUACAUUCACUUUUCGUCCUCUCAUUUUCGUAAACAACACACAUGGUGCGAGAAGGCAAUGAGUAGGACUUCCCUAGCAGAGGCUAUAUACGCGUGGCCAUGUGAGAGCAUUUCGAGAGGGAGAGCGGACUCUCCCCACUCUCGACCGUACCAGGGCAUUUGAGGGCUUAUCAAGCAUCGAAGAAUGUAGAUGAUUUAUAAGUCCAAUAAAGAGGAUUACAAUAGGCUAGAAGUGUUGGGGAUACAAGAUCCCUAGAAAUCAAUUGGUAAACGUCUCAUUUUUACAUCAUAAACGCCCAUUUUUACCUUCAUUUUGUAUUUUCCACUUGGAAGAAACUUAAAUGUCGUUGGUUCGUUUCCUUUCUUAAUAAGUUAUUUUGUGACUUUGUCCAAGGAUAAUUUGGGACUGUAUUAUAAACCCUUUGGUUGUGUGUUUGUUCGUUCAUGCUUCUGGCUGCUUGUGUAAUGUAUUUUUUUCCGGUCUGGAUCAGGUCUUCUCCUUUGAGUUAUCAGGUAUGUGGCUCAGUGGAAUAACGUAGCUUGUCCUGUUACUGUAUUAUUGACUUCGUCCCGUUUUGCUGGUUUUAAGCGAUAUCGUAAUAUUUUCAAACGUAGCAGGGUAUUAGCUUUUUAUUUACACUGAGUAGCUUACAGAAUUCCUUCAUAGCAAUGUCAUUUUCAGCCCCUCCUAAGCUUCCAUUCUUUUUCCUCGAUGACCGUCAGUUCACGAUGAAUACGCAAUCUAAUCCAAUCAGAAAUUUGUAAACAAUGUAAAAUCAUUUACCAACUGUCACAAUUUCCUUGUGGAUAAUUCGUUUUCUAAGUUUUCGUUUGAUAACUUUUUAGUAUUAACUUUGUAUGGUCAAUAACUAACUAACGAAAGGAGUAUAUUUAAAUAAAUAUCUCUCUUAUUAGCAUACUGUUGGGGUGUUUAAUCCUCAGGUAACCAUCUAAUUACUGAUGAUUUUGUUAUUCGUAGUUCGGAACAACACAUAAGCGAACAACAUUAUUUUUAAUUUGGUCUUCAUCAGACUUUACGCUAAUAUACAAGAAUAUUUUUGUGUGUAUGAAACUAUUAAACCAAUCGAGACAGUUUAUGAGUCAAUGAUCAUCGAAGGUCAUGUGUUUGAUUCCCGGAUAUGGGUUUGUGGAUGUGCACUGAUUAAAAGUUCCAUAACAUAAAGAAAUGGCCGUCUGGUUUUUUCAGGUUUUCAAUUGUGGUCAAACUAAGGUCAGUUCAUGAUUUAAACUAUGAUAGCUUUACAAUACUUUAAAACUCUCCUAUACUAAUACUGGGCGUAUGAUAAAUUUACAACAAGUUUUGGAACAGUAAAUUAAGUCAAAUGAAAAGUUACAUUUAGAUAGGUGUGGAAGUCACAUGAAAUAAUUGUUACUAAUUACGUAUUAUGAAACAAAAGCAUUGACAUCCCUAAAAAUAGCUUUAUUAUCCACUCGUACUUUUCUCGUCCUAUUGAUUCAUAUAUAUAUAUGAUAUAAAAUGUCACCUUAUCUUUGUUUGUAGACCCUCAGCGACUAUGAAUUAUAUAGAAAAUUUAAAUAUGUUCGAAACUAUUCAAAUGGAAUGUCAAACAUUUACGUGUAUGUGUUAAUUCAUUCUCAAGGUUGCAUGUAUGUAUUCUGUAACCAUGUUUAAUGGUAGCCUAAUGAAAUCCCUAUUAUAACAUUUCCCUCAUGAUGCUGAGUGGUUCCAGUAUUUCACUUUCUAUUUAAUACAUCAAAAUACAAUAAACUUUGACAUAUUUUCUUAUUGUUAAACAGACUGACUGCUGACAGUUUUACAUGAUUUACUACUUCAUAUUGUUCAAUCCUUUCUUCGUCAAUUUCCUCUCCUCUGCGUCACUAUAUUUCUCAUCCACCUAUUAAAUCUUUAUAAACAUUCUCUACUUGUUCGGAAUUAUAUAUGUAUCGAUUUCUGUUUGUGUCCAUUUGUUCCGGGCAUUAUCAUUGUGUUUUUCCUGUUAUUUGUGAUUUCAUCCCUUUAUAUUCUGCUUGUUGCCUUUAUUUACGAAAAGACGGUUUUUUUUAAAGUUUUGUUUUCUUUAAAUCAUACUUUAUUAUUAAGUUACUUAGUAACUACAAUCGAUUUUGUAAUAAUCUACAUGUACACACACAUAUAUACAUGAAUUAUUGUUUGGGUAAAUUUUGACAUUUCGUGUGUUCAGUUUAAUUUUCUUCUACAUGUACAUCUGUUUAUUAAUGGGUCCAUGUGUGUGUGUGCGUGUGUGAUGAUGAUGAUGAUGAAUAAAUUUCUAAAAACUAGCAUAUACGUAAACGAUUACUCUAUAUCAACAGCACAUCAUAAAGCAUCCAUACCUUUUUUGCUAUAUUUGUCUGUUAUCCAUCGUUUAUACACAUAUUAUACAUCUGCGCUCUACUUGCCACAUUCUGUUCUGUUGUCAUAUUUUUGUUAUUUCUUGGACAUCUUUUUUUAAUUAUUAGGAUGGAAUCCAAGAGAGUUUUGUUCUACCUUUUCGAUCCUAUAUGACCUGUUAUCUUUUUUUUUGUUAUAAAUAAACUCAAUUUAGAAAAUACAUAUUCGAUGAUGACAUAUUAAUUAUUUUGUUCAUUGUAUCCAUUCGUGGUUGUUUGUCUCUGUUUAUGUGUGAUGCAUACUUGAUCUGUUCCACCUAACAGAUUCACUUCACUUGUUUAUGUUUGUAUUAUUAUUACUAUUAUUAACGAUCAUUUGGUAACUGGAUUAAAAACCGACUUAAGAUGUAUAAAUUUGUUUUUGCUACAUUACUCUACUGCACUGCCCCCUGAACAAUAAUCAAUACAUAAUCAUCACUAUUUAUCAUUGUUCUUGCUUGUAAGCAAAUUUUAGUCUUUCAUUCCAUGUAUUGGUUAUUCAUAGGUUUGUUUGUUUGUUUGUUUUCAGUUUAUGUGUUUAUUUUCCUUUAGUCAGUACGAUUACGCAAUUACUUCUAUUAUUAUUAUUAUUACUAUGGAUAAUUACUUGUAUAAGAUUAGUAGUGGGGAAGAAGCAUGGUCGUUUGAUUUUGUUAUACAUUUUAUGAGAUUAUUUUCUAAUCCAGUGCCUUCCAACUCUCAAUAUCUUUUUUUCUUCAUAUACCUACAUCCUACUUAAUAAACGCUGUACAUUAUUCUCUGUCUUAUGCUCUACACAAAAAAUACAUAUAGUAGUUUAACGUCGUUCAUCAGUUGUAUGAUAACUCAUCCAAAACGACGAACAGUUGGUUCAAUAUAUCUCAUUACUUCACUUACACACACACACACAGAUAUUUAUCCAUUUGUGAAAUAAAUUUAAUUUCAUAUUGAAUCUUCCCGUGUUUGAUGAUUAUUUACUCAUUGUUGGUCUGUCGGUUCACUUCUCCUCUCUCUUGUUUUCUAUCUAUCGUCUUUAUCUAUGCUUCGUAUUUUUUCCGUUUCAUAUUAGAUAAUGUGAUUCCUACGAUUUUUUACGAUCAUCAUUACUAUUAUUAUUAUUAUCAUUGUAAUUUUGUAUUGCUUUCUGACUUUUCCUUCGGUAUGUUUCAGAAAAUCCUUUAUCCUAGCGAGAACCUGAAUUUAUUUUGUUGGUUAUCCCUUCUGCUUUUAUAUUUUUUAUUGUGUUACACCUACUUUGAUGAUAGUGGCUAUGUUACCGGAGAUCAACAGUUUGUUCGGAAAAUCUAAUGUAUCUGUCUGGAUUAUGAGAAGUUAUUUCUAGUUUUCUUCACUUCUCUUGUGUGUCCGUUUAUCUCUACUUACUUUUAAAUAUAAAGAAAAUAAUAUCCUUUCUCUUUGUGUACUCUCUCUCUCUUUAUAUUCAACUUCCGUACAGUUUACAUAAGUAAAUUGUUCAGAUAUAUACAAUGAAUUAUGUGUAAAAACUUUAAUUGUAUAAGACAUAGUUUGAAGUAGAAAAUGAAAUCGUUUCUAUUAUGUUAUGCUUUAUUCUUUUCUUUUGUUUACCUGUUGCUUCGUUCUGUAUCUGUUUUUUUUCUCUCCUAAUUUUUUCUCUUUUUUGAUUUAUUCUUGCUCCGGCGCAUGCGCCCCCGUCCCCAUUCGCUACGUACAAAUCUUUCAUUUUUGAUGCCUUUCUCUCUGUCGACCUGUUAAUCUAUCUGUCUGUCUUCAUAGUCUUUCGAUUUGUUAGACGUCUUAUACCAUAUUUGUUUUCAAUCUAGAUAAUUGAAAGAAAAAUAACGAAAUGUAAUACGUUGUGGAAUUUGUAUUCUAUGAAGAAAGACCUUUCUGCGACACAAUUCUUUAAUUGUAUCUUUGUUAGAUUAAUUGAUUUGAGGUUACCGUGAUUGGUCCAAUGUUCGAUUUUUCUUUAAUUCUUUGUAGACAAACUUCGUAGUUAAUCAUAAGUUAUGUAGGAGUUGAUUCGAGUUUGAUACACUAAAUCAACAUGGUUAAAUGAAAUUUCCGAUGUAAAUCUUGGAGCAGUAUAAGUGGUAGCAAUAUCAUUACCAGUUGUAGUAGAAAAUGUUAGGUAUAAAUAGUAUGAUUAGCAAAGAAUGAAUGAAUUUUUAGAAUAAAAUAGCGUAUAAUAUUUAAAAAACUUGGAGCUCGCGGAAGGUAAAGCGUUAAUGUACCUUAUUCAUUGUGGGCCAUGUGAUCUAACAUGUCAAACUACUGGUUAUGAUAAUUAAACGAACCUCAACCAGAUAGUCUUCUCCUACCUACAUAGCUCAGUUCAUAGACUGAUUUUACGUCUUUAUUGGACCACCUCUAUCUUUCUUCAAACCUACUCUUACUAGUCAAUAUCGCUCUUUGAGGUAGGUAGUGGUUGGAAUAUACAAUACAUGUCCCAACCACUUCAGUCAAACCUUUGCCAAUUUGGUAAAAUAUUCUAAAUUUAACAGUAAAACUUCAUUUAAUCAAUAAAAUCUAUGUGUAGAUAGGUAAAAACGAUUCAGUUCUGAUUUGUGCAUUGAGUAGUCACAUUUUGAGUAAUGCUUCAUCAAUGGAUAGCUAUACUUCAUGAUAGAUGAAAGAUAAAUCACCCUAAGGAGAGUUUUGUUUCUGAAAUCGCUAUCAUUUAUGCUUUUUGAAGUCUCAUUUUAGACAGAACUAUUAACCAUUAAUGAUGAUUAUAUUUUCCGAAUCGGAAGUGUUUUAAAUUAUUCUACGAGAUAAAAGUUAUAUAUGUAAUGAGGCAUGAAAUUUCAAUUAUACUAAGUUUUACAAUCCGUAUCAGUCACUUAUACAAAUAAGUCUUUUGAUACUAGAAUUUGGGUAUAUUUUACAUUGAAGGACUCAUUUACAUACAAUAAACUAAAUUCAGCUUCUGAGCAUGAUUGAAUAACUCUUUAGUUUAAAGUAGUUCAUGUAAUUUUACUUAUCCUCGAUAUUGCUAACCGUUCUGAUAUAACCUCAGAUCAAUUGUUAUAGAUGAGUGCAAGUAAUAAGACUUUUAAGGAGGAAUGGUGAUAGACUGAAUAAUCCCAGCUGGAUCAUUUAGUUUGCUGCCCCAAAGACACAUGGUAAAUGAGAGACGAAAGUUGUAGAUAUACUAUCAGAAAUAAGUGGACUAUUCACAUAGCCAAGGUAACCAAAUGCAUACCCUUAUCUAAAUCAGUCCGGUAGCUUAUAUUUAUCCAUCAUCUUUUUUUUUGCUUUAUUAUUCUGCUUUGGCGAUAAAUUUUUCCGCUUAGUCCAAUUAGUAGGCCAUUCAAAUGUUCAUUGGUAAUUAAAUCGGAAAACAGAAUACCAUACAUUAUCCCCUAAAGAAGCUCGAACCAAACUUGUGAGCAAAACAUCAGGAUUAUUUUAAUCUCAAUACACUCGGUGUCCAACUAGUUCGAAAGUGUUUGUUCAAAUUCCGAUACAACAUAGAAGCUUUCCUUUCAGUUAUCAAAGUUUUCAAUGUUGAAGCCUAAAUGGAAUUCCGAAGGUUGUCAGUGACUUUGAAUAAAUAAAUUACCAUUAAGCUAGUGAUUUGUUUGAUUCCUUUUCAAAUCCUUGCGAAUGAUGUCAUGUCGUCAUGCACAGUUUUACGGCAGAUCAGCCGCUUUUAGAUUUUCUCGUUCCUUGCAGAUCAUUUCAUACUCUUCUUAACGAUGUUUUAUGUUUAACUGGCUUUUUAGUUGUUGAGAAAGUGUGUGAUAUAAUGACAUUCCACGUAGUCGCUUCUGAAAACCUUAAGUAAGUAUAAAAUCAUAGUUUAAGAAUUCGAUUAGCUGUCGCUGAUCAUAAAUUUUCGGUUACUUAUCACUUGUUGUUGGUAAUAUUAUUUUUUCUAAGACAUAAUCAAUUUUCCCAUCAACCACGCAACCACUUUUUUCACUAUAUCUAUAGGUCAACCGCGUUUGGUACUGCUCCAAAAGUUUUAGUACUAUCUAUGCAAAAAUGCUCUGG